AUGACAUCACUUGGAUUCCCAUCCUCUUUUCUCGACCAUUGGACUCAUACGCUGAAGUCUCACCGAGGAGAACAGCUGGACGAUUUACCCAACUACCACGUCUCAGACCCCCAGAGCCUGGUGACGACAUGCAAUCCCAAAUCGCUCACCGUCGGUAACGGCGCAUCAAUUUACAAGACGGCAAUUCUCCCCGGUAUUCUUACGGCGCAACAGGAGGUCAUCCUCGUAAGUUGCUUCUGGGCACCGUCCGACACUCUCGAUGCCCUCCGAGAAACCCUUCAAACUCUCGCCGAGCAGCGACAGGACGCCAUUCGUGCAGCCGAAGAAGCCGGCGAAGCCCCCAUCGCCCCAUUACGCGUACGCAUAUGCUUCUCUUCUCGCAGUUUCUUCCAAAAGAUUUUCCACCCUUGGUCCAGGGAUGGCUACGAGUACCCCAACAGCGCGUGGCCAAAGCUCGGGCUGCCCCCAGACGCCACCCUCCGAGCGGCCCGCAUCGAUCUCUCCGUCAAGAGCCUAUUCUUCCUGCCCUUCAGCGUCAUGCACCCAAAGUUUGUCAUUGUUGAUCGCAGGCGAGCCUGGAUGCCUAGCUGCAACGUGAGCUGGGAGACGUGGUUUGAGGGGUGCAUCGAGUUCGAGGGUCCUGCCGUUGAGCAGCUGGUGAGGUUCUACACGAACGUAUGGGAGCCGAACGGCACUGCACGGGAACUUCCAGGCAGCACCGCAGAGAUUGCCGGGCAGAGACUGGGGAGUAGAGAUGAAGACGCUGGUCAGAAUGUGCCCGGCCCACCAUCAGACGAUCAGACUGCGUAUCGCCGACUGAGCCUCGAGAGUCUGCCAGCAUGCCCGACGAUAAUCCUCCCUUCAUCUCAUCACUGGUAUCCCGGCUUCCGCUACGUUCCCCUGUGGCCACGCACCACAGCGCCCGCAACCCCAUUGAAUGCGGCUCUACUGUCAUUGUUUGCCAACGCCCGAACAGACAUCGAUAUCGUGACGCCAAACCUGACCUGCCGGACAGUCGUCGAUGCCCUCGUUGACGCUAUCUGCCGCGGCGUCAAUGUACGCAUCAGGACCAGCAAGAAUAUGAUGUUGAUCGAGCAGCUCGUGACGGCCUGCACAACGACAGAAUGGACCCUGAGGUCGCUCAUAAAACAGUACACUCAGGUUUGCGCGCAGUACUCCCGCAAGCACGCCGCAGACGCCGAGUCACAGGCUCAGCGCCCCGGCCGCCUCGACAUAUUUUACUACCGCCCGAAUCUGCAGGCUACGGCGGCGCGAGACCCAGAGGAACCAGUCGUGUCACAUCUCAAGAUGACUCUCGUCGACAGGGAAUUCCUACUUCUCGGCUCGGGCAACCUUGACCGGGCAAGCUGGUAUACGAGUCAGGAGUUGGGCGUGCUGCUUCAUCUGCCCGGGUUUCAACAGAACAUCUGGUCCGACUCUUUGGAGUCCAGGGUCGAGGUCCGGUUCAGUGGGGGUCCUGAAGACGGGAUAGGCACGGCAGGCUAG